GCAGAGCAGCGCCUAAUACUCCGGCAACUCCCAUCAUAUGAAAUGGGUUCAACGUCCAAUUAUGAAACCCUUGGAAGAAGAGGAUGAAUCGAAAUAUGGCUGCUACGCCAAAACUAGGUGCAAAGAACCAACCAGAUUGACCCAGUGGAUAAAUCAAGAAUACUGAAACAAAAACAGCAAUUGGAGCAGAGAAUGCGAUUGCAUUAUAAGGUCGCAAUUGAACAGAUCGAGCAAGUUCGAAUUGACGUAACAUGAAACCUAUUAGUGCGAAAGCACCAUGGAGAGCAACAAAAGUCCACAGACCGCCUAAUUGACACCAACGAGUAAAAUCUCCUUGUGCUUCAGGACCCCAUAGUAGCAACAAAGAAUGUGCUAAACUAUUCGCAGGAGUGGAAACUGCAGCGGUUAAGAAAUUGCAACCUUCCAAAUAGGAACUCGCCAAUCCAUGGGUAUACCAUGAAGUUACAAAAGUUGUACCUGUAAACCAACCUCCUAAAGCGAAAUAAGCACAAGGAAAGAGCAAUAGGCCGGACCAACCUACAAAAACGAAACGGUCCCUCCGUAACCAAUCAUCCAUAAUAUCAAAUAGAUCAUUUUCUUCUUUGGUAAAUUUACCAAGGGUUAUAGUCAUAGCGAUCCUCCUAUUUAACUACUUCAACCAUUUCCGAACACCUCAUAUCAUUUCCAAGGCAUACGAUAGUUCGAUUAUCUGUGGACGAUUUCUCGUUCCAUGCCCCUUACAAUGGGUUUCGAAGAUACAAAUUCUUCUUUUCUAUUGGGCCACAAACCAAUCUAAGUAAAUAAAUCCACGAGCUCGAUUCGAUUAGUCUUUAUACCUUAUCUUAUACUUAUCUUAUAACUUAUACUAUAUAAAAUAAAUUAAGUAUUUGAACCCGGAAUUGUCCUAUGACUCAUAUUACAGUUACAGAGUAUAUCUUUUAACGGGUCAAACAAACAAAAAAAAGAAAAUUCACUGUUUUUUCCUGCCCCUAAACUAGAUUAAAUAUUUAAAUAAUGGUAGACUGGAAAUGAAAGUAAAGUCCCUUUCUCGCAUUCGUUCUCUAUUGCAUUGGCGGAAGAACAAAACAAUAUCUGAUUCUGAAAUCAAGGAAAGAUAUUGAAAAAUAUAUUUUCGAAAUAAACUUUUAUAUGUAGCGGAAAAGAAUAUCGAUUUAUUCCCAUGGAGCAUUCAGUAAGAAGAAGAUUCAUUAAAUCGGAAAUAUCGACAAAUUCCUGACUUGCGUGGUCUAAGGAAAUAAAAAAAUCCGCUUGUACAAUUUCAUCUAUAUCGAAUUUUAAUAUCAGAAUAGCCGAUAUAGUCGUCAUUCAAUGGGUUAGGUCCACUUACUUUUUCUUGAUUUAGAAUUUGAUGCUGGGUUUGAUAAAAACAAUGGAGAAGUAAGAAUACUUUGGUUUGGCGAUUCAUAAUAGCGAUUGGACAUCUAGAAUAUUCCUGUCCAAAAACAAAAAUUUGAAUAAUUAGACAUGAAGAGGACUACUUUGUCAGUACAGAGUAGACUAGUUCUAAUAACUACAAUUAUUCAUUAUUAUUUAUACUAAUAAUAAUGAAUAAUGUUUCACUUUUUAACUAUAACUCGUAAUAAUCAGAAGUCAUUAUAAUGGUGGUUACCCUUUUCUUUUUAGAAAUAAAAAGAAAUCUCUAUUCUCCACCGAAAAACAAAGACUCAAACUUUAGUUUAGUGGAAAAAGCCCCUUAUCGGAUUUGAACCGAUGACUUACGCCUUACCAUGGCGUUACUCUACCACUGAGUUAAAAGGGCUUGUUUUAUUCGAUUCAUGAAUUAUAGCCUUUUUCCAUUAUGAGUCUACUGCAUAAUAUAUGUACAUGAUAUAUACAUAUAUGCACAUAAUAUAUACAUAGUUCAUUUAGGAGCAAUCAAUUUGAUUUACCCCCCAAAAGUAAAAAGUGGGCAAAUUUUUUAUUUUUUUUUUUGAUAAAAAUAAUGCAGUGAAUUGUUUCAAGACCGACCCCGCUUGUUUACCUUUACUGACUCAUCAAAACAAGAUUCACUUGAUUGAUACAUGUACCAAUCUGACAUCGACAUAGAUUCGAUAGAUUUUCUUGAAUCAUGUGAUGAGGGUAUUCGUACCCUGAACCGAAUUCUUAUAAAAAAAUAAAAAAGAAAAAAGGAAAAUUUCUAUCGUUUUUUAAUUUUCUGACUUAAUGUGAGAUAGUGAUAGGCAUAUUUUAUCUGAACAAUGAACGAAGCAAUGAGUUAAGUUAAAAUUAAUGAGUUAAAAUUGAAGAAAAGAAAUUAAGUGGGGUUCUACCCCCUUUUCUGUUCUGUCGGACCAAUCACUGCCUGAACUGACGGAGUCCUGUACCUCCUUUCGCUAUAUAAAAUAGUAUGGGAUGGUUCAUUCAUGAACCAUCAAAUCCAAAACAAAAUUCUAUGGAAUCAUAACAUAAAAGUAGAAAAGAGUGUUCAGAUCUAGUCAUAUCAUUAGAUUAUAUUGACAAUUCCAAAAAACUACUCAUACUAUCAUCAUAGUAUGAUGACAGUUGGGCGGAUAUGCCCCUAUCGUCUAGUGGUUCAGGACAUCUCUCUUUCAAGGAGGCAGCGGGGAUUCGACUUCCCCUGGGGGUACUACGAAAGGAAGUUGAUCAUGGAUUAUCAAUAAGCCUAGAAGGAAUUCUUCCUGGGUCGAUGCCCGAGCGGUUAAUGGGGACGGACUGUAAAUUCGUUGGCGAUAUGUCUACGCUGGUUCAAAUCCAGCUCGGCCCAAAAAUUCGCCGCUCCAUGAAUAUGAUAUAACCAAUGAUAUAACCAAUUUGUCCCCCAGAAACAAAAAUACCUGAUCCGUAAAAGAGAAAGAGUCCAUUUUUGUUUCUCUAUCCAUGUUUUUCUCAUUCGUUCUGAUCUUUUCUUUCUAACGAUCUAGAUUCAUAAUACUUAAUCAAAGCAAAGAUUAUGAAAGGAAAAAUCGUUUUUUCUCAAUGAAAGGUUGAUUAUCUAUUUUUGGCAAUAAAAUAAAAUAAACACAGGUUACUAGUAAUCCGUGUCACUUUCACUAUAGUCCAUAUCUAUGUGUUCUAUGUGUAUAUGAUAUCAGUUAGUAUAUCAUUCGUGUCUCUGUUACAACGCGACGAAGAAAAUGUUUUUCUGAAACCAUUAAGAAUAUGUAUACCAUACACCUCGCUGGGAUUGUAGUUCAAUUGGUCAGAGCACCGCCCUGUCAAGGCGGAAGCUGCGGGUUCGAGCCCCGUCAGUCCCGAACUAGGAUCCGACCGAUGAAUGGAGAAAUGAAUUUAUCUAUUUUCCGUGAAAAAGGAGACAGGGGGCAAGAUCUAAUCCCCAGUGGAGAUCCUUAUUUCUUUUGUUUUUCAUUUCGCAUUUAUCAUCAGACAAAUACAGGAAUUUCCAUUUCUUCCACUAGUGCCGAGUGAUAAGGGAGAGACAUAACAUAUAUAGAUUCGUACAAUCGGUGGUAUUCCUAUAUUUAGUAUUUUAAGAGAUACUCGUCUGACUUUCUUUUUCGAUUUUCUUGAUAAAUGAAAUAGAAUAGAGUGCUCCUAUUUUUACCGAGAGUACAUACGCAAAUUGUAUUCGUUUAUUGUACAAUACAUAAUGAACUUAACAUAAUUACCUCGACAGAGUACUUGUCAGGUUAAACGACAACCCUUUUUAGCUUCGACUUUGUUUGUGUAUCCUCAAUGACUAAUUGGAAACAAUCUAUCUCAUUCUCAUUUAAAUUGCACACUGAAUUUUUGAUGUAUGCCUUCCAGUCCCAAUCGAAGAAAGAGAUACUAAUCAAAUAAAAGAAAAGACCAAGCAACGUUCCUUUUUAUUAAAUUUGUUGGAAUUAUAUUAGAUCUUUUAUACUUAACCCGUCCUUUUUCCAUCUCACUUCUACUCUUUGGAUCUGUGUGUGAUUCAUAGAAUACCAGUCAUAUAAUACCUCAUAAUUGUAUGUACAUAAUUGUAUGUAUAAGUAUAACGAAGGAGGAGUAUAUAAGGAAGACGGUAGGGUUAUUUAUAGAAAAGAAAAAGUGGAAAAGGAUGAAAAUUCAAUGGGAUUCUUUAUUGGAUCAGGAAUCCCAUUUCAGAUUUAGUAUGGAUAAAGGAUCUUCCUAUGUUAUACUAUUCAAUUCUCGACGAUGAAUCGAUUUGAUAGAUCAGAUAUUGUUAUUCAUAAUAUUGAUCCGAUUCAGUAUCAUCAGGAUGCAAUUCAUCCCAUUGAAUUUACAGGAAUCAAAUUUCUCAUCUCUAUGGGAUUAGAUCCCGAGUUAUUGCGAAGUAAAAAAACAAUGAGAUUAUGGAAGUAAAUAUUCUCGCAUUUAUUGCUACUGCACUGUUCAUUCUAGUUCCUACUGCCUUUUUACUUAUCAUCUACGUAAAAACAGUCAGUCAAAAUGAUUAAUUUGACUGAAACUUGAUUUAUUAGUUCUUAUCAAUGAUUGAAUAAAUGAAAGAAACGGAUUCAAACUCCAAGUCUUAAAUGAAAUGAUCUGUCUGGAAUCAUAAGUAUCUGAGAUAAUAAGUAUCUGAGAUAGUAGUAUCUGAGCCGAGAUAGUAUGGUAUAGUAUUUAUUAUCCUAUUAAUGAUUUUCAUAGAAAGUUGUACUGUAUACAGAUAUAGGCUUUUAUAUAGAGAAAGCCUAUAUCUAGGUCAAUAUACAAUAUGUAUGUACAUAGAUUAGAUGUAUAUCUAAAUAGUACAUCAAAAUAACAGUCCAAUUCUAUUAUUUUUUUGGCUACAUUUACUUGUGUGGAUUUCGAUCAAUUCAAAAUAAUUGAAGACCAACUCUUCUAAUUCCUGGCUUUCUUAGAAUUUAUAUAUAUAUAGGUAUAGGUCCCGAGAUCUAUCAAAGGAAUCAAUGGAGCAAGACAAAAAGAGUAUGGGCAUAUUCUACUAUAAAUUAAAUAAAAAAAAAGAUAAAAGAAAACGAAACCAAAGAAAAGAAUCUUUUUCUUUUUUUAGAUUUCCCAUCUCAAGAAGUCAUUGCUUGAUCUAUUAACAGAUGAUCUGCGGAGUUCUAUUCCAUGAUAACUUCUUCAGAUUUGAAAAAGAAGUAGAUUAAUAGAGUAGACCUUCCCAAUUUUUUAUGCUUAAACAUGACAUGAGAUGAGUCAAAAAAAGCAUAAAAAAAUCUCUAGGAGUCUAAAAAAAAGGUGAAAUGCGCGAUAUGUGGAUCGCUCAACGGAAGAAAGAUCUAAUCUUAUUAUGUGUAGAACCUCUUUGGACAACAACUAGUCAUUUCCAAUAGAAAGUAUGUAUUGUCGUAAUCUAAUAUAAUUAGAAUAGCGGAACGGCUUUCUCUUCUCUUAGAACAGUAAAAGUAAAGAAAGAGGGAAACAAAUAAAGAAAAAAAGAAAAAACCAAUUUCAGAUUUUUUCUUUUUGUAAUAUCCAUAAUUCUGGUAAGAGCUGGUUUAUCAAAAUAGAAUAUUUAGGAAGAAUUCGGUUGGAAAAAAUUUCCUAUCAUGCGUAGAUUUAGGUUUCGAAAUACAACUAUAGUAAUCAUUCAUUCUUUGAUCGAAUGGUUAUUAUUCAUUAUUGUAUUUUCUUAUUCAUUACUGUAUUUCAGUAUAAUUUUGAAACAGAGACAUUCUUUUUUUAAAGCUUUGCAAAACGAUCAAUUAAACAAUUGAUAGAAUUCAAUUACUCAAUCGAUUACUCGAUUAGUAGUACCCCUAGAGUCCACUCCUUCCCCAUACUACGAGUGAGAGGGAAAAUGUAAAGACUACCAUUAAAGCAGCCCAAGCGAGACUUACUAUAUCCAUAUAAAUUAUGUCUCCUAUCUCUAUGAAGGAAUUAUUCCAUUAUUGAUCAAUAAUCAUAGUGGAAUCAAUGGCGCAGAGUCAAAAUGGAAUUCUGACUUAACUUAAGGCUAUUGAUGAACCAAUCCAAUGAAUCUACUCGUAACAAGAUUAUAAGAUUUCUGGUAGAAUCGGGAAGCAUUAAGCAUAAAUACAAUACACACACCUUUUCUCGGAAAAUGAAAUAACAAAGGAAUACUCCUAUCCCAAUGGAACAUGUAGGAGUACUAAGACCUAUUGUUUGUUACCCUUUUUCAUAAGCAAAAGACAUCAAAAUAUACCAUCAAGAUAGAUAACUAUCUAUCAGAUACCUCUAUUUCCUAUUUGAUCUAAGCCUUACUGUUUUUUUUGUGAAAGAAUGGGGAGACACCAUCACCAGUAUUACAUACAUUCUUUCUUUUUUUCGUAAUCCCCCUAUCUUACACGGGCAAAGAAAUUCCUACACGGGCAAAGAAAUUUUUUUGUUUCUUCAACUUUUACUUUUACUCUUUACUCAAUAAGAGCCGACCAACUAUCCUGAUUGAAUGUUUGAGUACUCAGAGACUCUCGUGAGUCUGGAUACAAAGUAUCUUCAGUCCUUUCCACAACUUCUAAAUUGAUUUCCCAUCAGCCUAUCCAAUCGAAUUCCAGACAGAGUCAGUAGACACAACGGUGGUAGUGUAAAAUAAUUAGGAAUUCUUGAUAGUCUUUCGUACAAUCUCUUCUUCAAUCCUAGUAGCAAAAAUGGAGUGUCCUUUAGGAACCUUUGGAUACCAAGAUUUCCGACCUCUUACUUUCGUAGUUUUGAAUCCCAGAAUUUACUUUCACUAUUUAUUUAUUCUACUUAUAAAAUAAAUGUCCGAACCAAUCAUAAUCAUAUUAAAAUCAUAAUCAUAUUAAUAAGUAAGGCUUACUUCAUCCCUAUUUGUACCGGUUUGGGCCACACCCAAAGCCCGGAUUUUUAGAAAAAAAUUGACUUUCUUUAAAAAAAUUGACUUUCUUUAUAGAACUACAGAUUCUAAAAAUAAAGUAUCGAUAGGCUUAUCCUUUUGCCUCUCCUUCUCCGGGGACAGAAUUCGUCGAGUUAAAUCAGCAGAAUAAGAAAUCCCAAGUUUUUUGUUGAUCAGGCGACACCCAGAUUUGAACUGGGGAUAAAGGAUUUGCAGUCCCCCGCCUUACCACUUGGCCAUGUCGCCAAACCAAAUUCGAUCCAAAUAAGAUAAAAAAUAGAUUUCUGGUCAAAGACUGAAAAAUUCAGGGCAAAUUGGAACCAUUAACUAUUUGUUUUGUUGUUUUGAAUUAGCGAAAGGUUCUUCAAUUUGUAUCUCAAAUUGUUGCGUUUCCUUAAUGGCAUAACAAAAUCAAAUUGAUUUAUGACUAAUUCAGUAUCAAUUAUUUUCAAUAAUCAAUCUUUUUCAAUUUCAAUUAUAACAAUAUAAAUUAUAACAAUAUAUAUGUGUAUAUGUAAACCUCAAAACAGAAAUUGUUACACAGAUACCGCUCUUAUGUACAUAUCCCAUAUCCCUAUAGAGAAUCGUCGUGCCUUCUUUUUUCAUUUUCUAUAUGCAAUAGAAAAAAUAGGAAUUAUGAUAUAGUGCGACCUGACUUCUGUUGCCACAAGUGAAAUUACGAUAAAAGAUGUGAUAUGCGGACAGGUAGAUAGCUAUAUUGGCAUGCACUUAAUAAAUAUUACUCCUAUUACGCAAUUCAAUCAUAUUCUAUAUAUUCUACUAGCAAAAAAAUAAUUCGAAAUUUUUUUUGAACAUGAAAUGAAACUCAAAUAAAAUUAAGUAUGCUAAAAAGGGAAACUCUAUAUUGUUCCUGUUGUACCUGUCGCAAAUUCGAACUUGCGUCGAAAAUGCUCUUCAUUCCUCUGUCUCAUUUCCGUUCAUACGUAUGAAAUACAUAUAUGGUAUAUGGAGUUGGCUAAAAUUUCAUGUGAUUCAGUAAACAGAAUAUACAUUCCAUCAUUGCUAGAUCGAUCCGUAUGGUUCGAUAAAUAGUGAGCUAAUAAUGGGAUUUUUCAAUAAACAGGAAACUUAAGAUUAAGAUGCUCCGGAAUGAUGGAAAUGAGGGAAUGUCCACAAUACCUGGAUUUAGUCAGAUCCAAUUUGAGGGAUUUUGUAGGUUCAUUAAUGAGGGCUUGACGGAAGAAUUUCAUAAGUUUCCAAAAAUUGAAGAUACAGAUCAAGAAAUUGAAUUUAAAUUAUUUGUGGAAAGAUAUCAAUUGGUAGAACCCUUGAUAAACGAAAGAGAUGCUGUGUAUGAAUCACUCACAUAUUCUUCUGAAUUAUAUGUACCCGCGGGAUUAAUUUGGAAAACCGGUAGAGAUAUGCAAGAACAAACCGUUUUUAUUGGAAACAUUCCCCUAAUGAAUUCCCUGGGAACCUUUAUAGUAAAUGGAAUAUACAGAAUUGUGAUCAAUCAAAUAUUGCAAAGUCCUGGUAUUUACUACCGUUCAGAAUUGGACCAUAACGGAAUUUCUGUCUAUACCAGCACAAUAAUAUCAGAUUGGGGAGGAAGAUCGGAAUUAGAAAUUGAUAGAAAAGCAAGGAUAUGGGCCCGUGUAAGUAGGAAACAAAAAAUAUCUAUUCUAAUUCUAUCAUCAGCUAUGGGUUCGAAUCUAAGAGAAAUUCUAGAUAAUGUUUGUUACCCUGAAAUUUUCUUGUCUUUCCCGAAUGAUAAGGAGAAAAAAAAGAUUGGGUCAAAAGAAAAUGCUAUUUUGGAAUUUUAUCAACAAUUUGCUUGUGUAGGCGGGGAUCCGGUAUUUUCUGAGUCUUUAUGUAAAGAAUUACAAAAGAAAUUUUUUCAACAAAGAUGUGAAUUAGGAAGGAUUGGUCGACGAAAUAUGAACCGGAGACUGAAUCUUGAUAUACCUCAGAACAAUACAUUUUUAUUACCACGAGAUGUAUUGGCUGCUGCGGAUCAUUUGAUCGGAAUUAAAUUUGGAAUGGGUACACUUGACGAUAUGAAUCACUUGAAAAAUAAACGGAUUCGUUCUAUAGCGGAUCUGUUACAGGAUCAAUUCGGACUGGCUCUUGUUCGUUUAGAAAAUGCGGUUCGAGGAACUAUAUGUGGAGCAAUUCGGCAUAAAUUGAUACCGACUCCUCAAAAUUUGGUAACUUCAACUUCAUUAACAACCACUUAUGAAUCGUUUUUUGGCCUACAUCCUUUAUCUCAAGUUUUGGAUCGAACUAAUCCAUUGACACAAAUCGUUCAUGGGCGAAAAUUGAGUUAUUUGGGUCCUGGAGGAUUGACGGGGCGAACUGCUAGUUUUCGGAUACGAGAUAUUCAUCCUAGCCACUAUGGACGUAUUUGUCCAAUUGACACGUCCGAAGGAAUCAAUGUUGGACUUAUUGGAUCCUUAGCCAUUCAUGUGAGGAUUGGCCAUUGGGGAUCUAUAGAGAGUCCAUUUUAUGAAAUAUCUGAAAGAUCAAAAGAGGCACAGAUAGUUUAUUUAUCACCAAAUAGAGAUGAAUAUUAUAUGGUAGCAGCGGGAAAUUCUUUGGCCUUGAAUCGGGGUAUUCAGGAAGAACAGGUUGUUCCAGCCCGAUACCGUCAAGAGUUCCUGACUAUUGCAUGGGAACAGAUUCAUCUUAGAAGUAUUUUUCCCUUCCAAUAUUUUUCUAUUGGAGCUUCCCUCAUUCCUUUUAUCGAGCAUAAUGAUGCGAAUCGGGCUUUAAUGAGUUCUAAUAUGCAGCGCCAAGCAGUUCCGCUUUCUCAGUCCGAGAGGUGCAUUGUUGGAACUGGACUGGAACGCCAAACGGCUCUGGAUUCGGGGGUUUCCGCUAUAGCCGAACACGAGGGAAAGAUCAUUUAUACUGACCCUCACAAGAUCAUUUUAUCAAGUAAUGGGGACACUACUAUAAGUAUAAGUAUUCCAUUAGUUAUCUAUCAACGUUCCAACAAAAAUACUUGUAUGCAUCAAAAACCUCAGGUUCCGCGGGGUAAAUGCAUUAAAAAAGGACAAAUUUUAGCGGACGGUGCGGCUACAGUUGGGGGGGAACUUGCUUUAGGAAAAAACGUAUUAGUAGCUUAUAUGCCAUGGGAGGGUUACAAUUCUGAAGACGCAGUACUAAUUAGCGAACGUCUGGUAUAUGAAGAUAUUUAUACUUCUUUUCACAUCCGGAAAUAUGAAAUUCAGACUCAUGUGACAAGCCAAGGACCUGAAAGAAUCACUAAGGAAAUACCACAUCUAGAGGCUCAUUUACUCCGCAAUUUAGACAGAAAUGGAGUUGUGA